AUAAAAACACCGGCCGCGCCAUGCAAUAUGAUAAGAUACAAAUUAAAUCCCAAAUAUGGCAACUAAAUCAGCUUAUCAUCUCUUAUCCUCAAUAAUUUUACUCUGGUUCCUUAAUGUGGUUCCAAACACAGCUCAUUCAAACUCAAAUGUUAACCCUUUUGGCUUCAUAAAAAACUUAGAAGGAUGCAAGAAGGGCCAAAACGUAGAAGGCCUUCACCACCUUAAAAAUUAUCUUGCAAAAUUUGGGUACCUGGAAGAUGUAAAUCAUUCAGUACCAAAAAUCGGUGUUAACACUACUUCCAUGACCAUUCAAAAAGAUGAUCAAUUGUUUGACGAGGGUCUUGAGAAGGCAAUUCGGACCUACCAGCUCAAUUAUCGAUUGAAUGUUAGUGGACAUUUGGACGCUGCAACGGUGCAACAGAUGAUGAAACCACGAUGCGGUUUUGCGGACAUCAUCAAAGGUAAGAAUACAAUGCAAAGGGAAGACAACAAAAUUAACAACAAAAGCCGCAAGUCCAUGUAUGGAAUAUCCUUGUAUGCAAUUAAAGGUUCGAGAUGGUCGUCAUACCAACUAACAUACCAAGUUCAAUCUCAGACCCUAGUCUCAGGAGCCGAGAACAUGAGAUACAUAGUGGCUCAGCAAUUAUAUAAAUGGGCACAAUAUAGUCCCUUCACCUUCCAGGAAGUGCCUGAGGGAAGUCAGUCUGAUUUAGUUUUCGGGUUCGCACAAGGCGAUCACGGGGAUGGAUAUCCAUUUGACGGCACUGGAGGAGUACUUGGUCAUUCAUUUUAUCCUUCGGAUGGACGAUCACAUUAUGAUGCAACGGAGUAUUGGAGCGACAAUCCUGGACAAUAUGAAAUGGACCUAAACUCUGUUGUGUUGCAUGAAAUAGGCCACCUUCUCGGCCUUGGCCAUACUCCAGACCACACUGCUGUAAUGUAUCCCACUAUUGGGCAAGGGGUGAGAAAAAGACAAUUGCAAGCGGAUGAUGUUCAAGGCAUUCAAGCCUUGUAUGGUUGAAAGAUAAACUAAGGCUAUGUUUAGUUUUUCUUAUUUUUACUUAUUUCAUAUCAAAUCAGAUCAACACAGAAUACAGAUCAGAUGAUGAAAAAUAAAUUUAGAACAGUUUUAUUGUUGUUGUUGACUUCUUGUUGCUGCUGCUUUUUUAUACGAUACUAUCAUACUAUUAUUACUAAUAUUGUUGUGGUUAUGGCUUUAUACGAUUAAUAUUAUUACUAAUAUUGUUGUUGA